AUGUUAAGAGCCGCAUCAGGCCGUGCAGCUGGCCCAGUGAUUACGGGUCGACCAGCAACUCGAGUGGGCGUACCGCUGGUCGGGCCUGGUUGUGUUUCAGUGGCAGGCACUGAUGGCAGCUCUUCAACGCUACGCAGUGAAUUCGGGGUUGUUGUGCCUGAGCCUUUAUUGGAAGCUGCAUUUGUAUUGGUAGCUGCGCUUGAUGUGGCAGAUCCUUCACCCAUCGAUGCUCCGGACGCUUUCACGGUUUCCUCAGUUGCACGAUCUGGUGAAGCAACUGUGGCUCCGGUUGUUUCAGCACCUACGUCACUAGCGGCAUUAUUACUGUUUAAUUGCGUCAAAAGCAGAGGCGGGUUCUCGGGUAGUAUCUUCAUUAUGUCGUCUCGAGCAUAUACAGCUCCGCCACACGAGGAGCAUGUCGGCUUGGGGGGAAUGAUGAUGGACAGUGUCAGAUUAUCCUUAGAUACGUUAUCCAAAUCCAUACCCUCCAAAGCAAUCCACAAGCUUAUGACCGUUGUGCAGCCGAACAGACGCCGCACAAGGGAGAGAUGGCAACGCACCACUCCUGAGCACGCCUCGUUCACGAUAUCGUUUACAGUAAGCUCCCGUGUAGCAGCCUUUUGA